AUGAGUGAUGGUGACAUCAAGACUCAAUAUCCAAUCCUCAUUGGCAAACUGUUAUGGGUAGCAACCACUGUUCAGCCAGAUCUAUCUUUCACCAUCAACACCCUGACAUGGCAUAUGUCCAAGCUGACUGAGAGUGUGAUGCAAGCAGCCCUCUGGGUCAUGAAGUACCUCAACCAGACAUGCAAUGAGGUCUUGUGGCUUGGGGGCAAAGGGAAAGACAAACUGGUCAUUGCAGCAUACACAGACACAAAUUGGGCCUCUGACCCCAAUACCAACUGGCAGAGCACAUCUGGCUCAGUGGUUCAGGUUUUUGGCAGUUUGGUGACCUGGAACUCACAUGUUCAGAAGUACAAUACAGGAUGUAUUCAGAUUGCAAAGGACCAAGCUCUUCACUCAAAGCUCAAGCAUAUUGACAUGAAGUACCAUCUCAUCCGACACCAUGUAUUAGAGGGCAACAUAGUGAUGCAAUACAUUCAAACAGAUGACAACAUCACAGACUACCUCACGAAACUGGUAUCUCAACAGUUGCUUAAGUGCACUCGACAACAUCUUGGCAUGGCCAACCUUGACUCCUCACACCACUCAGUUUGCGAGGAGGAGAGUAAAAAUGCAUGA